CAAAAUGUUAUUUCAACUAUCCACUAGCUAUAUGUACACAUCACGUUGAAAAGAUCCAGGCACCCUUAGGCUUGAAGGUUGAAUGUCGUUUUACAAGUUAGGCUGAAGACCUUUGACCCAGUCCGUUUCAUCAGGUUCACCUGAAGAGUGAGGCCCAAAGGUCAACUUGGGGUCAUAGGUCAGCUGGAGAUCCAAGAUGGCGCUGUCCUUGGUGAAGAAUGUAACAAAGAUUGUGAUUGGUGGAGGUGCCCUGUAUGUGACCUAUGACCAGGGCAUCUGGGGUGAAGGGUCACAGAGCACCAAGGCCCUGACCCGCCUCAGUGGUCAGCUGGUCGCUAAGCAACCACCAUAUGUCAAGGAGCGACUGGGUGAUGUGCAGGUUCCCAGUACAGAACAGAUGGCUGAGAAUGCGAGAAACACUUGGAAUUCUGGUGUGAUGAAGGUUUGCUCCGGUCUGUCAGCUGCUCCAGCCUUUGUGGGGAAGUACAGUGAAAAGGCAACAACUUCCCUGGCCCUUUUCAUCAGGCAAAACCUGCAUCCAAAUGUUGGGAAAUAAAGAACAGUAUUACUAUUUCCAACAGUACUGUUAGCAAAAAUAUGCAACUUUCACCCUACAACUCUUGCUAAAUGUAUCAUGGGUGGUACAAAUAUUUAUUGCAUACAUUUACAUGUAUACAAUUGCUUUCGUAUACUAGUAGUAAGUAGAUUUCAAUAACGAUUUAAGGGGAAAACAUGGAAAUUAAAAGAUUAAUAGAUGAAGGUAUUUCAAUGUGAACAAGAAGUCAACUAUUUCACACCUCUGUGCUGCAUUUAUAGUUGUUGUGAAUUUCUUGUUUUAUUUAUUUUAUUACUGCAUUUCUCCACUGUAAAAGGCACUUCCCAUCAGCCUGCAGGCAGACCAAUUUGACCUUCCUGUCAGUCUGUAGUUACACCAUUUCCAUCGUCAGUUCCUGUAAUGCUAAUGUAGUCAACUAACACACAGGCAAACACACUGAAAACAAAUCCCUAACCAGGGGUAAAAAUUAUUUUAAAUGCCUUAAAAUGGAGUACAGUACUACUGUAUAAUUACAUGUACUAGGUAAAUUUCUGUGACACAAGUUGGUUUUUGUGGACAAGUACAUUUUCAAAGAUGCCAAGACUUGAGAGAGAAGAAAACUACUUCAUGAUCCUCUUAACGUAAGGAAAAGUGCUUAAGGCAUUAAGAAGUACAACAAGUACCAAUAACAAGCCUCUAGAUGCACCAUUGUGUUAUUAUGUGUUUGAUGAUGUUCAGAUUUUGUGAUUUAAAGUAAAACUUGUAUGUUCAGUGUUGGUUUGACUACCAGUAUUUUGUGUUCAUGGCACUUAAUUAAAGUGUUAAUGAAAAAUAUAUGAGUUCUGCAAUGUU